CUAGCGGUCUAAACGGCAAUAACGGUGAAGUGAAAAGAUGAUCGUGUCACUCGCGGACUUGCCGUUGGAGCUUCGAAUCUCUAUCGCUAACUAUACUUAUCCGCGAAUGUAGUAUUUCGGCUUAUAAAUCGGGUUCCGAUCGACAAGGAUAACGCUAAAUUUGUUGCUUCAUUCCAAAACAGAGAUUUCCUCCUACAAACAACACGGAGAGAGAGAGAGAGAGAGAGAGAGAGAGAGAGAGAGAGAGAGAGAGAGAGAGUUUUCUUUGCUUCAGGAAAAUACGAUUCCUGCCCAUCACAUAACUCUCUUCUUGCUCGUUUCCUCUGCAUCUUUUUUUGUUUUAUAAAUUCCUUGCCUUGCGCCGAUAUCUCUGCCUUUAAGCUCUUUGUUGAUAAAGGUUGGUCGCUUUUAUGUCCAUUAUCCUGCAGUGUCUUUCUCAUUUUUUCUUUCUUUUUCUUUCCCCUAAUUCCUGGGUACUUUCUCCUCUCCUUUUAUGCCUUGGAAUGUUUUUGGAGGUGCUUUCUUUAUUGGGCUUGUUCUUCAGAGAUUGUUUGGCGUUCAUAAAUAAUACUUUAACACCUCACUUUAUUAGGCUUUCCCCUUUAUUCCCUCCUUAAAUUUUAAACUCCUUUCUUUAAUAACUUCGCACGUUUAUUGGAUUAUUUUUUUUUUUCUCUUCGCCAAUUCUGUUGAGCUUUAUAUGUUCUUUAUGCUGUUUCAUUGAAACUUGUUUUUCUGUUGGUUUCUGGUUUGGUUAAUUCUUAUUCUCUUUCUCCUUUUUUAUUAUCUCAGUUUGUGUUUACUGCCAUCUCCUUCGCUACAAACUGUUUGCGGGGUCUAGCUGUCCCUGUUCUGAUUGCAGGGUGACCAAAGGUUCGGGGUCUACUAUUUCCUGUUCUGUUUGCAGGAUGAUGAGAGAAGUUAUGCUAAAAGAGAAGAGCUUGUUCAAGGAGUCUUUGAAGGCUUGGAUUUAAGUUUAAUUUCUUGGAAUUUUUUGAAGUUGUUUGGUGCUUGAUUAGAAUUUGAGGAUGGGAGAUCACUUUGUAUUGCUGGUGGAUCGAUUGCUUACCGAGUCCACUUUAGAGGCUACAAUUCAGAGCAGUAAACGGUCCAUGCAAGCCACAUCUUCCGCAAUUGACGACAAGAAAACCGAUGAUAACGCUGCCCAGAAGGUGGAUAAUAGAAAUAUGUCAUCUUCAAGCAAAUUGGUGGAGUGCAGGAUAUGUCAGGAUGAGGAUGAAGAUUCAAAUAUGGAGACGCCCUGCUCUUGCUGUGGCAGCUUGAAGUAUGCCCACCGCAGAUGUAUACAGAGGUGGUGUAAUGAGAAGGGGGAUACUAUCUGUGAGAUAUGCCACCAGCAAUUUAAGCCUGACUACACUGCUCCUCCCCCACUAUUUCAAUUUGGACGUGUUCCAAUGAACUUCAGGGGAAAUUGGGAGAUACCGAGAAGAGACUUGCAUAAUCCCCACAUUAUAGCAAUGGUUUCGUCAAACCGUAACUUCAUCAAUCCAGACUACGAUGAGCAUUCAUCUCCUACUGCAAGAAGUUUGAUAUGUUGCCGUUUUGUUGCUUUGACUUUUAUGGUUCUUCUGAUUUUACGGCAUACUCUUCCCAUCAUUAUAAGUGGAAACAAUGAGUACUCUUUCUCACUGUCUAUGUUGUUACUUUUUCGAACUGCUGGGCUUGUUCUUCCCAUCUACAUUAUGGUGAGAGCAGUAAGUACUUCUCUUCAGCGCCGCCGACUUCAUCAACCUUCCACUUCAUCGGAUGAAGUAAUCGAGCUUUCAACACUGCAGCCUCAGCCUCAGCCUCAUAUCAUUCGUAUUCAUGUAUAGCCCGCAAAUUGAAGAAAAAGCUUCACAACAACAAAAAAACUUGGAGUAGGCUUGCGAGUAGCAGUAUCUGCCAAUCUUUUUUAUUGUUCUUGUUUCAAGUUUGAUCUCGGAAAAAAAAAAAUGGCAAUUUGAAUUCAAUCCUUUCAUCGGGUUAAGUGAGAUGAUUGUUGAUGUAAUCCCACAAUCCACAUAAAAAACGUGGAUCAAAGACACCAUUGCAAGAAAAUACGAGCCUAGAUUAGAGAUGCUUCA